GCUUAAAACACCAAUGCAUGCUGGGAAGAAGAAGGUGUCGUCGUUUUGUUAGAAGUCCUUGACCGCAUUCGGUUUUCAAUUUCGCAAAUAUUGCGUUGAAAUCUCCACAUAGUAUAGUCAACAUUAACUAACCGUACGGAGGUUGUGUAGGGGAGAAAUGGGAGCAGAUAAGAGGAUAAGUCGAUCUGAACGGAGCGGCAGGUAUGGCUCCGACCAGACACGCGAUGAUUCCGAUUGGCGUGACAGACGAGAGCGGGAUCAAGAGCGUGACCGCCGCUGGGCGGAAGAGAGGCGAAGCGAUCGCAGUGAGGGAGAACGCCGUGGAUCCAGGGACAGUCCAGAGGUGAUUAUGCCUCCAAGAGAACGGAAAAGACGCAACAGCGAUCGAUCAGAAGAUGGGUACCAUUCGGACGGAGACUACCCAGAUCAAGACUACAGAAGAGAAGCUGGCGAUGAGAAGCGAAGCAAGACCAUCAUGCUCUGGGGUCUCUCUCCUCACGUCACCGAAGAAGAUAUUUGUUUCGCCAUUGAUCAGCUGGAGGGUCCCCAGCCCGCCGAUGUCAGACUGAUGAAAAAGAAGACAGGUAUAAGCCGUGGUUUCGCCUUCGUGGACUUUUAUCACUUGCAAGAUGCUACCCGAUGGAUGGAGACCAAUCAGAAACGCCUGGUCAUCCAAGGGAAAAGUGUGGACAUGCACUACAGUCAUCCCAGACACAACUAUGCCGACUGGCUCUGCAAUACUUGUGGCCUGUACAAUUUCCGGAGGCGGCUGAAGUGCUUCAGGUGUGGAGCAGCCAAAGUUGAAGAUUCAAACAGUAAUGAUGUCCCCGAGACUCAAGCCAGCGGAGAGUACUGUGGCGACACAAUCAUCCUGAGAAAUAUAGCCCCCCACAGCACCGUGGAAGCCAUCAUGACCGUCCUGGCACCAUUUGCUAAUCUUUCCCCAAACAACAUUCGCCUCAUCAAGGACAAACAGACGGGCCAGAACAGGGGCUUUGCCUUUGUUCAGCUGUCUUCUCCUCUGGAGGCCUCUCAGCUGCUCACCAUCUUGCAAGGACUGCAGCCUCCACUAAAACUGGAUGGGAAGACAAUUGGAGUGGACUAUGCCAAGAGUGCCAGAAAGGACCUCUUGCUCCCUGAUGGGAAUCGUGUCAGCGCCUUCUCUGUCGCGAGCACAGCAAUUGCUGCAGCUCAGUGGUCCUCAAGUCAGCCGAGCGGAGAGGGACCUUCGGAGUACAGCCUCUUGCAAGAGGGCUUCCCUCCAAUGUCACAGGCUUUUUAUCAAGCUGCAGGAGCCAGCACUUCGCAGGAGAAUGGGCUUCUUGGAGCCGCUCCUGGAAUGAAGAUUGUUCCGACUGCAGCUGGCGUCGUCCUCUCCCCGGCUGUCCAAGUCUACCAACCUCAUAUAAUUGCCCAGCCUGCUCUUCAGGGAUUGCCGUUUGGCCAGCAGUUGGAGGCUAAAUCCCAGACCGGACUUCUCCCUGCUGCUGAAGCUGCUCCUGUUGCCACGACAACAGCUGCCGGUACAGCCACAACCUCUGCACAGGCUACAGAUGCUGCCCCCGGUGCUCCGGAUGCAUCCACUUAUCAGUAUGAUGAGGCCUCUGGUUACUAUUAUGACGCUGUGACUGGCCUGUACUACGACCCAAACACGCAUUAUUACUACAACUCUCAGACUCAGCAAUAUCUUUACUGGGACAACGAGAAGCAGACAUAUGUCCCCGCCUCGGUCGACGCAAACUCUGCACAAAGUGCCGCCGGCGCCAAAGAACCUCGAGAAGGAAAAGAGAAGAAGGAAAAACCCAAGAGCAAAACUGCUCAACAGAUUGCUAAAGACAUGGAGCGGUGGGCUAAAAGUCUCAAUAAGCAGAAGGAUAACUUUAAGAGCAGCUUCCAGCCAAUCAGCCAAGAGGAAAGGAAGGAGGCAGCAGCUGCUGAUGCGGGCUUCACGCUAUUUGAGAAGAAGCAAGCCGGAGUUCUAGACAGAAUCCCUCCCGAGAUGAUGAAUGUCCCAGAAGAGGAAGCGACCAGCAGUUCUAGCAACGCCUCCAAGCCUGGCCUAGUGGCAGCCUACAGUGGCGACAGUGACCCGGAGGAGUCAGCCGAGGGUGCCGACGGAGGCCAGGACAAGAUGACCGAUUGGAAAAAGCUGGCCUGCUUGUUGUGCCGGAGGCAGUUCCCCAACAAGGAAAGUUUAAUUCGACACCAACAACUGUCAGAUCUCCACAAGAAAAACCUGGAAGUCAUGCGCCGAUCCAAAAUGAGUGAAUCAGAGCUGGAGGAGCUGGAGAGAAGCGAAUCAGAGUUGAAGUACCGAGACAGAGCAGCUGAGAGAAGAGAAAAAUAUGGCAUCCCUGAACCUCCCGUUGCCAAAAAGAAGAAAUACUCCCAACCAGCUCCAGCAGUUAACUACGAGCAGCCCACCAAAGAUGGCCUCAACAGCGACAACAUUGGCAACAAAAUGCUCCAAGCGAUGGGCUGGAAGGAGGGUAAAGGUCUUGGUCGCAACCAGCAGGGCAUCACGACUCCCAUCGAGGCCCAACUGAGAACAAAAGGAGCCGGCCUCGGCACCAAAGGCAGCAACUACACCCUGUCGGCAUCAGACACGUACAAAGAUGCAGUCCGCAAAGCCAUGUUUGCUCGCUUCACUGAGCUGGAGUGAAUGAUGAGCCUCAGACGAAAGUGAAUGCUUCCAAGAUUCCUUGAAGGCAGGACAUUCUCCCGCUCCUCCAUCUUGCCUCUCGCCACCGUGGCCAAAAACCACACAACGGAACCAAUCUCAUAUUGAGGCAUGUGAACUUAAAUAGUAAAUAUAAAUUAUACAUUGUACAUAUGCACAGGAUACGUACAGUUUGUUUUACUUUUUGUGGUGCUAAUGGGAUGUUGACUUAAAGGAAAAGUACACUUUAAUUUUGCCCAUCAUCCACAGUCCUUAUGUGACAAGGACAAACGUUUUCUGUGCGUUCUAAUGAUAUACAAACGGAAAAAGAGGCAGCUAAUAAUGCCCGUAAUGGGACACGCACCUAUUCCGCCUAGAAAGGCUGCUAUUAAAACGCCUCCAGAAACCUCCAAGGUUUUCUAUUCAUGCUGUGUACAGAUACAUUCAUGAUAAUAUGGAAUACUUAACAGUAUUUUGCUCAUUUUAAGCAGAAAGCCCUUCUUGGGUGCGUUGAUUUUACACGGCAACACGGACAGGAACGCUACACCUAGCAUCAAACAGUGGCUGUAGCCUUCAUUUUGGCUAGUAGCCUGAGGCAUCAGGAGCCAGUCUGUGCUGAAGCUAGCCACUACCACAGUUGUGGUGUGGCUAUAGUUUGGUCAAUAUGCAGGUCAUAUGGAAAUGUUGUAUUAUGUUUUUUUUCCUGCAGGCUUUAUAAGUGCAUCCCAUUCUUGCUGAUGACUCCUUUUUUAUCUGCUUUUAUAUCUUUAGAACGCACAGAAGAGAAGUUGUUUGUUCAUGUGUCACACAAGGGUUGUGGAUAACGGGGGAAAAAAUACACUUUUCCUUUUAAGUAUAUUAAGACUGUACAGUUUAUACAAAUGUUCUUGUCUGUUUAGGGAAAAUAAAUUACACGAGAAAUCCUCUUUUA